AUGUCUCCACAACCCGAUACAGACUUGGACGCCGACGACAUUUCCAUCACAUCGACGGUCGAAGGCGAGCCCGCUGACGAUGCAGUCUACGCAGUCGAGGAAAUUCUGGCCGAGAAGUGGGGCAUUUGGGAGGAUGAAGAUCCUCACCAACCCGCCUUCCGCGGUAUCAAGUACCUGACCAAAUGGGAUGGCUAUCCACUUCACGAUGAAGAUGUAAGCACUUGGGAGCCCGUAUCGGCCUUUAUAGUUCCUGAUGAUGAUGACAACAAUCCAUCCAGGACACCACCAUUGCUCCAGACAUGGUAUAAUUGUAAAAAGUCUAUGGGCGAUCCUCACUUCCACAGGUAUUGUCGAAAGAACAUAGACGAUUUCCAUGCCGCAAUCGAAGCUGCAGAAACGGCCAGGGCGGCCAGAAAAGCAAAGCGCGACAAAAAGCGACAGAGGCUUGCUUUUUCAAAGAAACGGUCAGCACUCUUUGUAUCGGACAGCGAAGAGGAAAAUAGGCGUGCCGCAUCAAAUCGAUCGCAGAAACAAAACCUUCCACAACUAGCCGCCGCCGGUACUCGCAGCUCAUCAUCAGCCAAGCAACCUCAACCAGAGCGUAAACCACCUUUGGUGCAGUCAGACCUAUCAUCCUCCGAGGCAGACUUAACAGAUGACUCAAUGAUGGCUGAAUUGGGUAAAAUUUCGAAAAAGACGACACGCAGUUCAGUUGGCACCAAGGAUUCAGCUAGUGAUGGUCAAUCAAGACGCAAUUCAUUGCAGUCAGCUAAUGAAGCUAAUGCUCCUCCUUCAACAUCUAAACAGCAGCAAGCAAAAACUGCCAGCGCAACACCAAAGGCUCGUGCCUCUGAUACUUCAAUUACUUCUGUAGAAAGACCGACCAUCUCGGCUGGUCAGGGAAGUGCCAACAAGGCGAUACGUAGUGGUGCCAUAAGGGUGGUAAAUCAACCAAAGUUGCAGUUGCGUAAUGAAUGGACAAAGGGCCAAAAAGCAUUCUCCACUUUACACUUCCGAGCAGUGGCACAAAAGCGGUCGCGCACCGAAGGCACGCCUGAUCUGGCAGCGCUCAAGAUUGCAAAUGACCCUUCUGGUACCGUCAGGCCAAACCCCCCGGUCCCACGUGAUGAUCCCUAUGCUCGCCGCGAGGUUGGCCAGAGCCGUGCAAGGAGUCCAGAGCGUGAUGAUGAUCGGCGAGGGUCUAGGAGUGAGAUUUUGACUGACGAGAAUGUUCCCCUAGCACCCUGGGAGGCGGACAAGAUCCCGCAGGUGUGUGCUUUGUGGCGUCUCAGCAACAAUUGUCCAAAGACUGCUCAGGUCUGUAUCUUUAUGCAUUGCAACAAGGACCCAGAUGGACGGGAUUACCCUGUAGGCCAUGCUGGAGGUUUGAUAGCCCCGAAAUAUCGCAGGCCACCUCUUACAUGCACUCACUGGCUGUAUGGGAACACUGGCUGUUUCAAGCCAGCUGACAAGUGUCUUUUUGCCCACCGAAAUACCGGUUGGGUAUCAAACGAGAAUCACUCUAGCGAGAACGCUACUCGAAUCGACAAGAAUAUAAAGCCGAUAUACGAGCGAACAGCAGUUGCACCGAAACCAGUGAAGCCGCACAAUGAGCGGACAGAAAUUGCAUCGAGAUCAGCGAAGCCGCACGAUGAGCGAAUAAAUAGUGCACUAAAGCCAGUGAAAAGCAUGGAAAGGCUGGCCCCUCAGGAUUUGACAUGCUGGUACUGGGCCAAUGAAACUUGUCGAAACACUGCGGAGAAUUGCCAGUUCCAACAUUAUAAUACUGGAAUUCCUGCUCGUGCUCCGCAUUACUACCCUAGAUCUUCUUUCAGUCCUCUGCCAGACAGGAGCAACGAAGUGUCUACGGAUAAGGCGACUCUGCAAGAUUCCGGGGCUAUUGUCGAGGUACCAAAGGAGGCCCUAGCGCCUACAGAUGACGAUGUACCUCGUCCUCAGUCGCCCGAGGUUGUGGAGCCCGUGGAACUUGAUGCACGCGAAGCAACAUGUGAGAAGGUGCGAAAGAGGAUUGAAUCAGUGUGCGAUCUCAACUUUGAAGAAUUAUUUGGCAGUAAUAAUUGUGAGAAAGGGAUUAAGCUAAUGGACAGACGAGCUUUCCUGGUAUACCACUCGGAAGAGCAUGCGGAAGAGCUCGAGUUGAUCACUCGAUGGCUGCUGAUGCACCACGUCGAGGUCAGUGGUGUGCAUUUUCCAGGCGGAUGGGCGAAAUUCCAGCAGGAAAUCAAGAGCGGAGGGUCUGGCGUCAUUAUCGUACACGCUGAUUUCGAGUACUUCACCGAAUUACCCGGCCUGGGCGAUAUGUUCCGUCGUGAAGUUCGUGUCUGGUCGCUUGGCAUGCAGGAAGGUAUCGAGUACGAUCCUGCCUUGUCACUUGAUCCACCCGUGUACCGCUAUGGUCCGGUGGAAAUCUUCCCCGUCGGCGGGUUCAUUUACAUUACCGACGAGGUAUUUGACAAGGAGCCGCAAGUCGCUUUGAAAAUCAUCGAGCUGUUCUUUGCGAAAAUUGAAAAAUUGAAGCAGUACAAGGGCAUGCCGAGUCUGGGACGCCAGGUCGAAACUGCAAAUCUGCUCUGGCGUCUAUGCGUCCGCCCAGAACUAAUGAAGUACCUAUUUGAUUACUGCGAGAAGUACGCAAAUAGGGUCGACAGCGGCGACGCAGAAAUGCAGAGCCGUGCCCGCCUCUACACUCUCCUCGCCGAGACCCAGUACAUCGAGCAAGACCACCCCUCCGAGCCCCUCAGCCGCGUCCCCGACAAAUUCCCUAUCUUGUCAGAGCGCCGCAUAAUCGCAGACAGCGAGCCAGUCACGUACUUCAAAACAGUCAAACGUGACCCGGCUGCAGCCAAUGUAAACAUGAUGCGCUACUAUGCAGGCCUGCACGUCGACAUGCGACGCGACUAUCGUCAUUUCUAUCUCGUGCAUACGGAUCCCCGGGCAGGCGUUGUGCAGCAGUGGCGAGACGAGAUGCAGACGAUUGGCCGGGUGAUGUCGCCGCGGCAGUGCGUGCAGGAGUUGGAAAAGGAGAGUCGAGUUAGCAUGAUUGAUUUUUGCGAGUGGUUCAUGGGAGAAUAA